UAUAUGUAGAUGCCAGCAGUUUCUACUCUCAUCGACAGGCCCCACAAUGCUACAAUAUCUGAUCUUUGCUUUGGUCAUGCAGGCAGUGGUGACAGGAGUCCAUGCAGGGCUCUUGUUGUCACAGUCAGGACAAGAGUCCAGGACAUCUCUGGCACAAGACCAAGGGCUUCAGAUCUCCUUGAAAGCCCCCCUUGGCAACACAGAGACCAAAGAGGUGUUGAAGAGGAGGAAGAGGGAAUGGAUACUGCCGUCCAUAAACAUUCCUGAGAAUAGCAGACGUCCUUUCCCUGAGAUGAUAGUACAGGUCAAAUCUACUGUGGAGAAUGUUGUCUAUAGUCUUUCUGGACCUGGGGCGGACCAGCCACCGACUGGUCUAUUCCUCAUUGACAAAAAAUCUGGAGAAGUAAUAGUCACAAAAGCACUGGACAGAGAGCAACAAGCCAAAUAUACACUCACUGCCCGUGCUACCAGUGAAGAUGCAAAGGAAGAAUAUGAACUCAUAAUUAAUGUUAUCGACCAGAAUGACAACAAGCCAGUCUUCCAGCAAGAUACAUUUCUGGGCAGUGUAAAUGAGACAACACCAGUAGGAUAUGAAUUUAUGACGGUUGUGGCCACUGAUGCUGAUGAGCCAGGAAGUGGAAAUUCUGACAUCAGAUACGCUAUACAGAGUCAGGAUCCUCCUUUGCCUAGUGAUGCGUUCUCAAUCAACGAUGUGACUGGGGGAAUCAUGCUCAACUCCACAAGCUUUGACACAAAGAACAUUUCCAACUACACCUUGAUCAUCCUAGCCGCUGACAUGGAGGGCAAUGGUCUGUCAGCACUGACAAAAGCCAUCGUUACCUUAACAGACAGCAAUGAUGAGGGUCCCCAAGAUGACAAAGACAAAACAGCUGACCCUGUGGUCAUUUGAAGCCAAAACCAAGCCCAGUAUGAGGAGAGGAGCAAAGUUAUUAGCGACUAGACUUGUUUGUUGGCGUUUCAAGAUUUUUCAUGUUUCAUGCAAAAGACUUCUUCAGUUCCGGCCUUAUGAUGGGGGAACAUUAGCUUUAUAAAAUAGGUUCCCACAUUAUGUAACAAAGGGGAAUGAUUGGUGAAACAUCUUCAAUUUAACAAGAGGAGUCCAAUUGGGUAUAGCCUACUUUAUCUCCUUGCUUUGACCAUCAUGACCUGGAUGGAUGAAUGGGGAUGAGUGGAUCUUAAACACCAUUUCAAGCAUGGUUCACAAAUAGGUCACUGACUUAUAAUCGGGAACAAUCAUAGUAGACUAUGUGUUUUACAUCAUCAAUGAUGCACGUGCAAAGAAGGGGUGAUACAGGGGCUCUAGUCCCUCCCCUUUGGUCUUUAAUGUUCAAAGUGCCCUUUUAACAUUGCUGUUUUUUGUUUUAAAUUAGAAUUAAAAGGACUGACCUUACUCUGUAUUAUCAAAGGUAUUCUUUAACCUGCGCUGACUCACAUAUGCAUUUAACUGCCAUCCUAUUCCUAGCCCAUAGGGAUGCAGAAUGAUAUUGGACCACCUUUUGCUGCUACAGCUUCAACUGAUCUGGGAAGGUCAAACAUUUCUAUAAACACACUCCUCAACCUUGUGGACAGCCUUCCCGGAUGAGUUGAAGCUGUAAUAGCUGCAAAAGGUGCUAUAUCAUAUUGAACCUAUAUAUGGGUCAGGGUUGGGAUAGCAGUUAAUCUCAAAUGUGAGUCAAAGCAAGUUAGCAAAUACUUUUGGUGAUGUACUGUAUAGUGUGGUCUAUCAGGAUGUUGGCCUAAUUUGUAAUAUUCUUUUAAAUACAGUUGACGUGUUGUUUGUAUUUUUUUUUACAUGCAGCCCUUUUGAAAACCUGAGCCACUGCCCCUGUUUUUUCAUGACCCUGUAAAUAAUAACCUACAUAAAGCCUGGUCUCCAAAUAUGUCUAAAGUAGAGCUAAGUCAGCACUCAAGUCCUGUACUUUGCAUUGACAUGAUCUCAUAUUUGACCAGACCUCAAGGACUGUUUUGAAGGAGGAACGCUGUCAAUGUUUGUGAGGGUGUUUUAUGCUGUGUUUUUCAACUGUUAAUAAAAUACUUUUACAUUUG